AUGAGGGUCACACGAUGCCUGUUCAACAGCAGGACGGCCCUACAUAGGGUCUUCGUCUCGCCCUUUGAGAAGGUUGAGGCGCUCUCGCGACAAAGCGCCCUCUUGAUCCCUUCAACAAGAGUCCUCCAGCCCAUCUCAGCACCGAUACCGAGCCUCGCGCGCCACGCCUCAAUGGUCCACCGAUUCAAGAAGAAGGGCGGCGGAGCGCCAGAUCCGACUUCCAGCGGAGCAAAGAAAGGGCCCCUGGAGAACGACGAGAUCACAGACCGUCAAGUCAUGAUUGUCAACGAAGAGAACAAGCUGGAAGGGCCCUUCGACACGUUCAAGGUCGUCAGGUCCCUGGACCUGGACAGGGAGGUGCUGAGGAUGGUGUCCGAGGCCCGCGGGCCGCGCCACGCCAUUUGCAAGAUCAUCAACAUCGAGGCUCUGAGGGAGAGGGAACGCGAACAAGAGCAAGCGAGGAAGGAGAACGCCAAGACUAAGCAGAAGUCGAAGGACCUCGAGCUCAACUGGGCGAUCGCGCCGCACGACCUGGGCCACAAACUGAAGCAGCUCAGGACCUUCCUGGAGAAGGGGUUCAAGGUCGAGGUGCUCCUGGCCAAGAAGAAGGGCAGCCGCACCGCCACGAGGGACGAGGCGGAAACGCUCAUCCAGACCAUUCGAGAUCUUCUGGCGGACACCCCUGGCGCCAGGGAGACGAAGGCGCCGGAGGGGACUCCGCUCAAGGUUAUGAGGAUGUACUUGACGGCGCCUGUGAAGGGCUCGACCGCCUGGAUCGAGGCGAAGGCUGCCUUUGAUAGGCUUGCUGCCGAAAAGGCUGCUGCUGAGGCUGCUCUUGCUGAGCAGGAGGCUUUGAAGAAUGGCUCGACAGCUGCUGAAGCCUCCUAA